AUGUCCGCAAAACCUGAAUCCUCCCAACCCAAGGGGAAGGUGAACCUACACGAUGCCUCUGGCGCCGAGAAGAAAGAGGAGCUCGACACAUCCACAGCCAUCCUCAAGAAAAAGAAGAAGCCAAAUUCCUUGAUCGUCACAGAUGCCACCAACGAUGACAACUCAAUCAUUGCUCUAUCCAACAACACAAUGGAAACCCUACAACUUUUCCGAGGUGAUACAGUCCUGGUCAAAGGAAAGAAGAGAAAAGACACAGUUUUGAUCGUCUUGGCUGAUGAUGAUCUGGAUGAUGGCUCCGCUCGAAUCAAUCGUGUCGUGAGACACAACCUGAGAGUCAAGCACGGCGACAUCAUCACCGUCCAUCCUUGCCCAGACAUCAAAUAUGCUAAGCGCAUCGCAGUGCUCCCCAUUGCCGAUACAGUUGAAGGAUUGACUGGUUCUUUAUUCGACGUUUUCCUUGCUCCUUACUUCCGCGAAGCCUACAGACCUGUUAGACAAGGCGAUCUAUUCACCGUCCGUGCCAGUAUGAGACAGGUCGAAUUCAAAGUCGUCGAGGUCGAUCCUCCCGAGUACGGCAUUGUUGCUCAAGAUACAGUCAUUCAUUGUGAAGGUGAUCCAAUUCAGCGAGAAGAUGAGGAAGGAAACCUUAACGAGGUCGGAUACGACGAUAUUGGAGGUUGCAGAAAACAAAUGGCUCAGAUUCGAGAGUUGGUCGAGCUCCCUCUUCGCCACCCACAACUUUUCAAGUCCAUCGGUAUCAAACCUCCACGAGGCAUUCUCAUGUUCGGUCCUCCCGGUACCGGUAAGACAUUGAUGGCCCGAGCUGUCGCCAACGAAACCGGCGCCUUCUUUUUCCUCAUCAACGGUCCAGAAAUCAUGUCCAAAAUGGCUGGUGAAUCCGAGUCCAAUCUCCGCAAGGCAUUCGAAGAGGCCGAGAAGAACUCUCCUGCCAUCAUCUUCAUUGACGAAAUUGAUUCCAUUGCACCCAAGCGUGAAAAGACCAACGGUGAAGUCGAGCGACGUGUGGUUUCUCAAUUGCUCACCUUGAUGGACGGCAUGAAGGCUCGUUCCAACGUGGUUGUCAUGGCCGCCACCAACCGACCCAACUCAAUUGAUCCUGCUCUUCGUCGUUUUGGUCGUUUCGAUCGAGAAGUCGACAUCGGCAUUCCCGAUCCUACCGGUCGUCUUGAGAUUCUUCAGAUCCACACCAAGAACAUGAAAUUGGGUGAAGAUGUUGAUCUUGAAUCCAUUGCCGCUGAGACACACGGUUAUGUCGGUUCUGAUAUUGCCUCUCUCUGCUCCGAAGCCGCCAUGCAACAGAUCCGUGAGAAGAUGGAUUUGAUUGAUUUGGACGAAGAUACCAUUGACGCUGAAGUGUUGGAUUCGUUAGGAGUCACCAUGGACAAUUUCCGAUUUGCUCUUGGUGUAUCCAAUCCCUCUGCUCUUCGUGAGGUGGCUGUUGUCGAGGUUCCCAAUGUUCGUUGGGACGACAUUGGUGGAUUGGAGAAUGUCAAGCGCGAACUUAUCGAAUCCGUACAAUACCCCGUCGACCAUCCCGAGAAGUUCCUCAAGUUCGGUCUCUCACCGUCUCGAGGUGUUUUGUUCUACGGUCCCCCCGGUACUGGUAAGACUAUGCUUGCCAAGGCGGUAGCCAACGAGUGUGCUGCCAACUUCAUUUCAAUCAAGGGUCCCGAACUCUUGAGCAUGUGGUUUGGUGAAUCUGAAAGCAACAUUCGAGACAUUUUCGACAAGGCACGUGCGGCAGCUCCCUGUGUGGUCUUCUUGGACGAACUUGAUUCAAUUGCCAAGUCGCGUGGUGGAUCUAAUGGUGAUGCUGGAGGUGCAUCUGACCGAGUUGUCAACCAGCUUCUGACAGAAAUGGACGGUAUGACAUCCAAGAAGAACGUCUUUGUCAUUGGUGCCACCAAUCGACCUGAACAACUCGACAAUGCCCUUUGCCGACCUGGUCGUCUUGAUACUCUUGUCUAUGUUCCUCUUCCCGACGAGGCAUCUCGUGCAGGUAUCCUACGUGCGCAACUCAGAAAGACACCUGUGGCUGAUGAUGUCGAUAUUGAUUUCAUUGCCAGCAAGACUCAUGGCUUUUCUGGUGCCGAUUUGGGCUUUGUCACUCAACGUGCCGUCAAGCUUGCCAUCAAGCAAUCAAUUGCUUACGACAUCGAGAAACAAAAGGAACGUGAAGCUGCCGGUGAGGAUGCCAUGGAAGACGAUGGCGAAGAUGAUCCCGUUCCACAGUUGACCAAGGCACAUUUCGAGGAGGCAAUGCAAGCAGCACGAAGAUCCGUCAGUGAUGUCGAGAUCCGACGAUAUGAAGCCUUCGCCCAGGCCAUGAAGCAAAGUGGAGGCAGUGCUUUCUUCAAGUUCCCCGAGGCUGGAGAGUUGGCAAAUGCCGCCAACGGCAAUGGAUUUGGGGAUGCUGGCAAUGAUGACAGCUUGUACGACUAG